AUGCGCACUUACAAGCAAAAAACAGACAGAGCUUCUGUCACUCAGGAACAGAUGCAGAAAGCUACAAAUGAUGUAUUACAAAAUGGCAAGAGUGUAAGAGCAGCAGCUUUUGAAAACAGAAUAUCAAGAAUGACUUUGGCAAGAUAUCUCAAAAAACUGGAAGAUAAAGGAAAAUUUGCUAAAAUAGGAAAACCAGAAGCAACUAGCCUCGGUAGGGCGACAUCUUUUAAUAAGACCAACGUUAAUAAUUUUUUUGAUAAAUUAGGCUUUAUUCUGGAUAAAUACAAGUUUACUGCCUCAAAAAUUUGGAAUAUCGAUGAAACUGACGUCUCGACUGUAUCAAAGCCAAGCAAAAUUGUUGCAGCAAAAGGUAAACGCAAUAUAGGCUCAAUAACUUCAACAGAACGUGGUACAAAUGUAACGGUGAUAGCAGCUGUCUCAGCGUCUGGCAACACCAUUCCACCAAUGUUCAUUUUUCCUCGCAAGAAAUACAGAGAUUAUUUUGUAUCAAAUGGAUCACCAGAUAGUAUAGGGAUGGGUAAUGCCAGUGGUUGGGCGACUAAUGACGAAUUCCUUGCGUUUAUGAAGCAUUUCAUCAAACAUGUAAAGCCUUCAGUGGAAGAUCCAUUAUUAAUCUUGUUAGAUAAUCAUUCAUCCCAUCUCGCAAUUGAAACAAUAAAUUUGGCCAAAAAUAACGGAAUUAUUAUGUUAUCUUUUCCACCACACUGCAGUCACACAGAUUACAUCCGCUUGAUGUUUCCAUUUUUGGGCCUUUAA